AUGAUCAACAAGCACCCGGCCGUGGCCACGCUGCCGAAGGACGCCAGCAUCGUCGUGGCACACGAUGGGCGUGACCCGUAUCCGCUUGCGCCGCCGCGCGGGCCCGCCCCCGCGAUCCAGGAGGCCGACCUACGAGGACAUGUCGCAGUUUGGCAUCCCCGGGAUCAUUGCCGGAAAAGUGGCUCAUUGCAGAAGACGCCGAUGACCGUAACGCUAACAGGUAUCGGUGACGAAAGUGUGGCUCUAAAUUCGGCUAGCUGGAGAGACAGCGAUGGUGCGUCAGCACUCCUUUUGCAGAGCAACGUCCAGCGGGAGGAUUUGGAGGCUCUUAUCCGCACCGGAUCCGCCAACCGCUGCUUGCUCUACAACGAGUGCCUCUGCGAGUCUUGCACUCGUGGCCAAGAUUGCCUAGCCCAGCUGUGUGACGCUGCCAUCUCCCCCGAUGACCAAGGGCCCGAGAUGCAGCUCGCUCGAUCGUGGAUAGCAGUGCUCGGCAACGAGAGAUUCCAGGCAGAGUCUUCUCUUGGCUACACUACAUGCGAUCUGCGCCGCCGGUGGUGGCAGUCGACAGGCGACGGAGGGUCGCAGCAGCAAGCUCUGUACGAGGUGCCGCAUGGAUGCGAGGAACACUGCCACGUUCUCACAAUUUUCGGGUCCACGCCCAAACAGCGGCGGAACCGGCACGGAUCAAUCCUGGGGAUCCCUCAGGUGUUGCGUGUGGAGCGCGUGGAGAACAGAGCGCAAGAAGGGGGGGUUGUGGCUGGGUAUCUAAGAUCGCUCGAGCGGGACCUGGCGAGCCAAGGCCUUCGUCUUCAACCAGGUCUACACACACGCUGGGUCUUCCACGGUACACAAGCAGUCGAAUCUAUUUUGUAUUCGGCAGAGGGUUUCGAUCCUAAACUCAGCCGUGCUGGCAGCGUUUGGGGACUUGGCUCAUAUUUUGCCCGUGACGCGAAAUAUGUCUACGGCAGCGGCUUCGCCAGGAGUUUGCCGAACGGCAGCAAUCAGAUAUUGCUUUGCUUAUUGGCCACGGGGAUGUCUUGCCUGGGUGAUGUGCAGCACACAGGCCUUCUCCCCAUCCGCCAGGGGAGCCAUCGCUACACCACAUCCGUCGACAGCCUCUCCAAUCCAGAGUUCUUCAUCACGCCGUCGGUUGGGGCGGCGUACCCUGCUUAUCUCAUCACCUACCGCAUCUAG